ACCUUCCGUCUGAGCGAGCGAGUCAGGAAACGAACCACGGAACGGAUGGCGAUGAAGUGGUUGCGAUUUUCGCUCCUCGUCCUGGGGGUUUUCUCGCUGUGCUGCGCCACGGCUGGCGACAGCAGCGGCGGCGUGAAGAAGAUGAAGAUGCAGUUCGCCACGGGACCACUGCUCAAGUUUCAAAUCUGCAUUUCCUGAGGGUACAAGCGGGUGUUUGAAGAGUACACGCAGGCCUUGUACCAGCGGUACCCGGACAUCCGCAUCGAAGGGGAAAACUAUCUUCCCAUACCCGUCUACCGACACUUCGCUUCCUUCCUGUCUAUGUUCAAACUGCUGGUGAUUGGGCUGAUUAUCAUCGGCAGGGACCCAUUUGCCCUCCUUGGUAUGCAGGCUCCAGGCGUCUGGGAGUGGGGCCAGGGAAAUAAGAUAUAUGCCUGCAUGAUGGUGUUCUUCUUCAGCAAUAUGAUUGAAAACCAGUUAAUGUCGACAGGAGCUUUUGAAAUCACACUAAAUGAUGUGCCGGUGUGGUCAAAACUGGAGUCGGGUCACUUGCCCUCCAUGCAGCAGCUUGUGCAAAUCCUGGACAACGAGAUGAAGAUGAACGUUCACAUGAACACAGGACCCCACAUCCUCUCCUAACCCUACUCUUUCAAUUCCUGGCUGGAACUAAAAGCCCCUCCAUGUCCGAGGUGGGUUUCUCACUGGGCUGUGAAGUGAUGUUUAUGAAGGUCUGCGCUGAAGGCAGGAAGACUGCUAGCACAGACUGGAUGCUCCCAUCAUUCCUCACUAUGUCCCUUCGAGACAUCCCGCCCCUGACGCCAGAGUGGGAUCCAUGGCAACAGCGCCGGCCAUUUGGUCAUUCUCUCGUACCAUUCACAUGAUCGCAGAUUUCCUCCAGGCUGACACCAGUGGCCCUGUGAGGAGGAAUUUACCAUUGAUUCUUAUAGUCUUUAACUUGUUGCAUAUAAUUGAUCUUUGUGAAUUAAAACAAUUGUGUCAUUUGUACCACUGAGCCAUAUGUAGAAUUUUAAGUUUGAUCUAAAAAAAUGAAAUAAAUAGCAUAGCCAUGUAGACAAUGCAACACUUAAAAUCAUCACCGUUGUGAAAUAACAUUGGGGAAUUGUGUCUUGGUAUGAUUUCUGAAUAAUUUUUAUAUUUGCAUAACUUGGGAGGAAGCUAUGAAGAUUAAUAAAACAAAGUGUAACUAUUUAA